CCUCCUCCUGCUCUCCUGUAUAUCUAUCUCCAUGCGUUCGGGGCAAUAAAUUACUGGAAAAAAUAAAGCAAAUUGAAAAAACAGAAAAAUUGAGAUAGAAGAAAAAGGGUAGAGACUAGAGAGAGUGACGGCGCUUUCCUCCAUCGCUGCAAGCAGUACCGCAGUAUAUAGUGUGGUGAAAUGGAUCAUUUCUUAGUAACGGCUAAAAGGGAUGGUAGAGAGAGGGAGAGAGUGAAAGAGGGCUUGUGAUUUGUGAGAGUAGCCCCAUUAUCGUCUUCCUUCUUCUCUUUCUGCUCGUGCUUGCGGUUUCUUUUCACAUAUAGUCGCAGAUACCCAGAUGGAUUACAGCAAUGACGACAGUGAGCUGUGGGAGUGGCAAGGGAACGAUUAUAAUCUUGGAAAGAAUUCUGAUUUCGACAUAUCCCAAUGCCUAUGGGAUGGAGUAAACCAGAAUGAAGAUCAUCUAUCCUACAUGUUUGAUGAAACUACCCCAAUUAAGGCUUGUGGGGAUUCAGCUUAUCAUUUUAGUAGUGAAAAAAUGUAUAAGCAAUCAGAGGAGUCUACGGAGGCUUCUUCUCAACUGAAGAGGCGCCGAAUGCUACAGUUCAACUCUCAAGUUGUUGAUCCUCCUCUUUGCAGUGUAGAAAUGUCAUCUGCAUUCCUAAAGUCAAAGGAGAUGGAGGUUACAAUUGAAGAUGCUUUACCUGAGUCAUCACAGUGGAUUUCUGGCUUUCCUGAAGACGCAUCUGCAUCUGGUUGUGAUGGCCUAGAUCAGUCAUCUGAAGGGUGGCUUGCAGAAUGUUUGAAUGAUGCUGACAUGCAUUUAAAUGCUGAUGAUAUGAAUCUACCUGGGGUGUCCGAUGUUCAAAUUGAUAUUGCAGAGUUCUCCAACAUCCCGUGUGAAUUUGAAGGUAAUGUGGUUCAGAAGCGUGCCACUCGAACACAUCGAAAUGUUAUUUUUAAAGGUAGGAAAUCUUACAUUCAAACUCCAUCAAAAAUAGCUGCUUCUGUUGCGUACCCAUUUGCGUUCAUUAAACCCUGCGGGGUCCAUGGAGACAUAACUUUGAAGGACAUAAACCAGAGGAUCAGCUCACCACCAUCGUCAAAAUCAAAGCAAAGUAAUGAAGAUCCUUCUACUUCUUACCCUACCUCUGCUUUUUCUGGGAAGCCUGUUGUUGGCAAAACUAAAAUUCGCACUGAGGGAGGAAAAGGCAGCAUCACAAUUAUGAGAACCAAAGGCUGAUGAGAUAAGUGUUCUUUGAAACCCCCUUUUUGUGGCCCUCUAAUCUUGCCUCUGAAUUUCUGGGGUUGAGGGCCUUUUUUAUUUUUAUUUUUUGUAUUAUUCCAGCGUUUUCUAUUAGUUGAUGCUGCAGUUUUUGGUUGAAGUUGCUCUUGGAUAUCAUUAAGCACAUUGAAGUGUGUAUGUUUCCAAGUGGCAUUCUAGGCUGCAGAAGUUGUUUUGUAUAUUGUGACUAUGACUUAAUAGUUAAUACUGUAAUGAGGAUCCUAUGGCUACCUUCAUUUGGCUUCAGAAACACUCAUUAUGCUUCCCUCUA